GCUAAAUGUGCAUUUCUUUGUACUCCUCCCUUGCUCUUCCACUUAAAAGUCCAUAUAUAUCCAUAAAGCCACACAAAAUUAGAGAUCCAAGAACCAAGUCAUUUCCUCAAUACCAUCACCAUGGACUCGAAGGUGAACGAGAUGUUAAACCCUGUGACAGAAAAAAUGCCCACCCUCAACCGUUUGAUGGCCAUCGAGGAGCUCAACCGAGGGCGUGAGCUCACCACCCAGCUAAGAGCUCUGCUUUCAGCGGUGAAUCCGGCUAAUAAGCAAGUGGAGACGGCUGGAGUUCUCUUUGAAGAGGUGUUGAAGUCUUUUUCUCAGGCUCUCUCGGUCCUUAAGCCCGGUGGGAAGCCAGACAUGGAACCCGGGGCUACUGGAGCUUGCUUACCUGCCUCCAGUGGUGGGAGAAAAGAGCCUGGGGUGAAAAGAAGUCAGUUGGAGCAAACCAGAGGAGAUCAAGGCCACAGAAGAAGGUGUACAAUAUCAUGGACCACUAUUACAUCCAUGCCGCUGGUUGAUGGCUAUCAGUGGAGAAAAUAUGGGCAGAAAAAGAUCUAUGGAUCCAAGUAUCAAAGAAGCUACUACAAAUGUGUACAUAGAAAGAAUCAAGGAUGCCAAGCAACUAAGCAAGUGCAGCAAAAGGACGAUGGUAACCCACCUAAGUUCAUCGUCAUCUAUCAGAUGCCUCAUACUUGCAAUAAUUUGGAUGUCUCAUCUAAAGUUGGUAUGGAUUAUUCUAGCAUUGCAAAAACUUCAGUUCUAGAUGAUGGAUCCAAGUCCCUGGAUAUCCAAACUCAGCAACCCUUGCUUUCUGGAAACCUCAAGAUGGAAGAGCCUGAGAAAUGUCUCCUCACUGAUAUAGCCAGCAUGCACUCCCCUGUGAUGUCUAAUGAUAUGAACUGGAUAAUGGACAUGACUUGGCUUGAUGGGGAGGUAUAUAUCAAAUGAAGAAGCACCUUGGAUUCCAGAUGUCCGUCCGACGAAGGAGAGAGAACUUCCAAAUCAGAGUGGGAACGGCGCGACCAAGAGACUUUUAAUCAUCUUCAUGCAUAGAGUGGUUGUAGGGGCAUGGGGAUGUGAAAUUAUGAAAGAAUAAUGGAGUGUUUAAAUAAUGUGUCUUAUAUUAAACUUUAUAUAUGCAAUGUAUUUAUUUCAUGCGCUUUCAUUAUUUCAUAUAAAAACAGAUUUUAGAA